UCCUUCAGCCGUGCGCCCCCUCCUCCUUCUCCAUCCUUCCCCCACCCGGAUUGUGCGCCCCUCCCGCUGCGACUGGCCGGGGGGCUCGGCCGCCCCCGCCCCGGGAGGGAGGCGGGGGGCCCAAGCCGCGGCGGCCACCCAAGGCUACGGAAGGGGACGGGAUCCGAGGCCCGGAGGCGGCCCUGCGUCUGGACCAGGCACCCGAGGGCCGCUUCUGCACCCUCACUCGGGGCGGCGGGGCCUGGCCUCGCUGCGGGGUAGAGGAGGCGGACCCCCUCCAGCCAGCGGGUGUCCUUUUUGUAGGGUGUUACUGAAGACCAUGGGAAAGGCCACACACCGCAGCCUGCCAGGUUUCUACAUGUCUCCUGAAGUCCCUGCUUUGGCAGGGAUGUGGUCCGAGCACCUAAGGCGGCGGGAGCUGGUUUAAUCAGCUGUUUUGCUGCAGUGUGACAAGCUUCCUCUGCCCGUAGUCGCGGGUGCCCUGAGCCUUCCUAACCCCACAGGGGGGGUGGGGAUCGCCCGCGGUCCCCCAUGAGCGCCCCCGGCUGAGCUGUAGGGCGGCCCCGGUGGAGCCCGGGCACAGCGCGGACGGCGGGGCCAUGGCCUCGCUGGACCUGCCGUAUCGCUGUCCACGCUGCGGGGAGCACAAACGCUUCCGGAGCCUGUCUUCCCUGCGCGCGCACCUGGAGUACAGCCACACCUAUGAGACGCUUUACAUCCUCUCCAAGACCAACAGUAUCUGCGACGGCGCUGCGGCCGCGGCCGCUGCCGCCGCCGCCUCGGGCUUCCCGCUGGCGCCCGAGCCCGCCGCCUUGCUGGCCGUCCCCGGCGCCCGGCGCGAGGUCUUCGAGAGCACGUCCUUCCAGGGCAAGGAGCAGGCGGCCGGGCCGCCCGCAGCGCCGCACCUGCUGCACCACCACCAUCACCAUGGGCCCCUGGCCCACUUCCCCGGGGACUUGGUGCCCGCCGGCCUUCCGUGCGAGGAGCUGGCCGAGCCGGGCCUGGUGCCCGCCGCCGCGCGCUAUGCGCUGCGCGAGAUUGAAAUCCCGCUGGGCGAGCUGUUCGCGCGCAAGUCCGUGGCGUCCUCGGCGUGCUCCACGCCGCCGCCCGGGCCCGGGCCCGGCCCCGCCUCGGCCUCGCCCGCGUCGCCCUCGCCCGCAGACGUGGCUUACGAGGAGGGCCUGGCGCGCCUCAAGAUCCGCGCGCUGGAGAAGCUGGAGGUGGACCGGCGGCUGGAGCGGCUGAGCGAGGAGGUGGAGCAGAAGAUCGCGGGCCAGGUGGGCCGGCUGCAGGCCGAGCUGGAGCGCAAGGCGGCCGAGCUGGAGACGGCGCGGCAGGAGAGCGCGCGCCUGGGGCGCGAGAAGGAGGAGCUGGAGGAGCGCGCCUCGGAGCUGUCGCGGCAGGUGGACGUGAGCGUGGAGCUGCUGGCCUCGCUCAAGCAGGACCUGGUGCUCAAGGAACAGGAGCUGAGCCGCAAGCAGCAGGAGGUGGUGCAGAUCGACCAGUUCUUGAAGGAGACUGCGGCGCGCGAGGCCAGCGCCAAGCUGCGGCUGCAGCAGUUCAUCGAGGAGCUCCUGGAGCGGGCCGACCGCGCCGAGCGGCAGCUGCAGGUCAUCAGCAGCAGCUGCGGCAGCACGCCCAGCACCAGCCUGGGCCGCGGAGCCGGGGGCAGUGGCGCCGGGCCCGGUCCCCGAGGCCCAGGCCGAAUGCGAGAGCACCACGCAGGCUCAGCCAUGCCUAGCACAUACGCCUUGUCCCGGCAUGGCUCCUCUCCCGGCACAGGGGCCUCCAGCCGCGUGCCAGCUGCGUCCCAGAGCUCAGGCUGCUAUGACAGCGACAGUCUGGAGCUGCCCCGAACAGAAGAGGGGGCCCCUGAGGACGGUGGUGUUGGGGGCAUUGGCACACGGGCCCAGGGGGCCAACGGUGGUGGCUCGGAACGGUCCCAGCCCCCUCGCAGCUCAGGCCUGCGGCGCCAGGCCAUCCACAACUGGCAGCGCCGCCCCCGACAGCACAGCACUGCGGGGGAGGAGGGGGACGUCUCUGACGUGGGCUCCCGGACCACUGAGUCAGAGGCUGAGGGCGCCUCAGACGCCCCCCGCCCCGGGCCUGCUGGGCCCUUGAGCGGCUGCCGGCUCCCAGCCCGCUCAGAGGGUGGCAGUGGGCGGGGCCAUCGAGCCGAGCGGGGCAGCCCCUCCCGCUCCAACGAAGUCAUCAGUCCGGAGAUCCUCAAGAUGCGCGCGGCCCUGUUCUGCAUCUUCACCUACCUGGACACGCGCACCCUGCUGCACGCCGCCGAGGUCUGCCGUGACUGGCGCUUUGUGGCACGCCACCCGGCAGUCUGGACACGGGUGCUGCUGGAGAAUGCCCGCGUCUGUUCCAAGUUUCUGGCAAUGCUGGCGCAGUGGUGCACCCAGGCACACUCGCUGACCCUGCAGAACUUGAAGCCCCGGCAGCGGGGCAAGAAGGAGAGCAAGGAGGAAUAUGCUCGGAGCACACGAGGCUGCCUGGAAGCAGGAUUGGAGUCGCUGCUGAAGGCAGCUGGGGGCAACCUGCUGAUCCUACGCAUCUCCCAUUGCCCCAACAUCCUCACCGACCGCUCGCUGUGGCUAGCCAGCUGCUACUGCCGGGCCCUGCAGGCUGUCACCUACAGGAGUGCCACGGAUCCUGUGGGCCAUGAGGUCAUUUGGGCCCUGGGUGCCGGCUGCAGAGAGAUUGUCUCCCUCCAGGUGGCACCGCUCCACCCCUGCCAGCAGCCCACCCGCUUCAGUAACCGCUGCCUGCAGAUGAUCGGCCGCUGCUGGCCCCACCUCCGGGCCCUGGGGGUUGGGGGCGCCGGCUGUGGGGUGCAGGGCCUGGCCUCACUCGCGAGAAACUGCAUGCGGCUGCAGGUCCUGGAGCUGGACCACGUGUCGGAGGUCACCCAGGAGGUGGCGGCUGAGGUCUGCCGGGAAGGUCUGAAGGGGCUGGAGAUGCUGGUGCUCACCGCCACCCCCGUCACCCCCAAGGCCCUGCUGCAUUUCAACAGCAUUUGCCGGAACCUCAAGUCCAUUGUGGUCCAGAUCGGGAUCGCUGAUUAUUUCAAAGAGCCCAGCAGCCCUGAGGCACAGACACUGUUUGAGGACAUGGUGACAAAGCUUCAGGCCCUGCGGCGGAGGCCUGGAUUCUCCAAGAUCCUGCACGUAAAGGUGGAAGGUGGCUGCUAACCCGGGUGUGGGGGCAGCAGGGCCCCCGCCAGCCCCACAUCAGGGCACACCUUGGACCUCGGGAGGGACUCGGCUUCAGAUCGGACCCUCGGAGGCCUUGUGUUCUCCCCGACUUCCUGGGAAGGGACUGACAGUUUCCUAUCCUCCCUGGACUGAGGAACAGCAGACCUCCCACCUCCUGCACUGCCAGUCCCUGGCAGGGGCUCUGACAUGGGCUGGCUGCUGACCCCCAGCUGGAGCCCGAACUGAGAGAAGCUGAACCAUCACCAGCGCCACAUCAUCGUUGGGGACACCUGCAAUAACCACCAGGGGCUCCCUGUCCCUUCAGGCAGCCCCUGCACCCCCGGGUCCUGUCUCCUGUCAGGUCAGAGGGUGCCUGCCUACAAGGCAGCUCAGACUUGGCAUGCAGGGCUCUUCCGCCCUCAGGUCUCGGGGGCACCGCCUUCAGACAGCCCACCUAGGCUCUGAUCCAUGCUGUCCAGCAUGUGGUCGGCUGAGAGCUGAGACAGGGAUGCAGUGGGCAUGGAACACGAGGGGGGUGGGUUUGGAAGGGCAGACCCUCUUCCCAGGAUAUUCAGACCACCUUUCCCGGGGUAGAAUGUUUAAGAGUGUUUCUGUAAGCAAGGACCAGAGAUGCCCGCCCUGCACCCACCCACCGCAGGGCUCCAGGCAGAGCCCUCGGGUGCAUGAUGCUCACCCCCAGCCCUGGGGUCCCUUAUCAGCCCUGAGAGGUUUUUCCUGUCCCCAUGGAGUAUCCUCCUCACCCAGGUGCUUGGGCAGGAGUCUAAUGGUCCCCAAGGCUGUCUGGGAGGGUAGGCCAGUGCAGGGGAGCGGAAGAGACUGGGAGGAGAGGGGCGUGGCUUGUCCCUGACUAGCUAGCUUGGUUGAAGAUGCUGGGGCCAAGGAGAGAAAGACCCGCCACAGUGGACUCGCCCCCCUCCUCAGCCGUGGGGUUUUCCUGCCUGGGGCUGAGCUGGGACUUCAAGCCAGAAUGUGAAUGGGGCUUCUCCCUGCUUCCUGCACAAUUCCCAAAGGACCAGGCCCCGAAGACUCAAGUGUGCCCCAUUGCCUCUCUCAGAACUCCCACGACGGCUCAGAGACCAUGAGUCCUGCCAACCUUGAUUCGGGAAGUUCUUCCAAACAUCUAACCAACUCCGUCUUGGGGUUUCCUUCUCUCCUAUGCAGGACUGGCUCCUGGCCCUGGCCCCGGAGCUGCAUGGUCCCAGCUGGGGCCGGGGCCGGGGCCGGGGCCCUCUCCCUUCCCAGGCUUUCUCCACCACAGCUUGGCUUGGACAUGGAGACCAGCCCUGAGUUCCCUUGCAAUGUGUGCCCCAGGGUGGGGAACCCACGGGCCUACCCGGCUGGCUCUGCUCCUAGGCUUGGCGUCAUGUGCUCAGUGUGUCCUGGGGCUUGUGCUGUCCCUGACCAUCCGAAGACCCAGAGUGCAGUGGGUGUCAUGCUGACAAGUCCGUCUAGUUCGGCAUGGUGGCUGUGUGGCGCUCCGCCUCUACCCCCGAGCCCUCAAGCAGCUGGGUCCAUCAGCUCCCAUCUCCCCGGCCUGCUCUCCAGGAGUCAUGGGAAGAGCACAACCUUGGGGGGCGGGGCGGCACUGGAGGAGAGGGGCAGGUUACAGUGACCUGUUCUGCUGUGUGUGUCUUGCCAGCUGCAGCUCCCGUAGGCCCUGGUCCCUGUGAUCCCAGGACCAGAGGUAAUGCCUUUCAAUCUCUUGGACAAGCACAAAGGAGUGCCCAUGUGGUCUGACAGUAGCUCCCCACCCCGCCCCCGCCCCCAACUUCCAUCCAUCCAGACUGGGCAGUUUCUCACUGGAAUGCCUGGCAUCUACCCUGAGACAGUCAGGAGGGACUGGGCAGUCAGUGGGAAAUGGUAAUGCAGUUCCCUCGUUCCCUCACUCCAUUUGCAGCUGGUCAGUGUCUCACUGCACACCUGCCCUGGGGACUGACGGGCAUGCGCCCUGACCUGCAUGCAUGCCCCAGCACUGGCAACUUGGCAGUACCCCAACCCUAACAGCAACCUAACGCUAUCCCUUGUCUCAGGGGAGAUGAGUGCGAGCUUUUGCUGGUUUGCUAAGAGACUCCACUAUGCAGUUCCUUCACGGGCAGGGCUAUAGGGCCAGACUAUCCCUAGAAGCUCCUCACCCCCCUCCCCCCACUCCACCUCCCCCAGGUAGCCCUCUCUUCCAUGUCUCAGCCCUAAGAGGCAAAGAGGACCAAGGUAGGAGUCACCAGACUUGCCCUAGCACCAGACUUCACGUUUGCUUGGGGUAUAUUUCGACGGGGCUUCAGACUGCUUUCCCCCCAGCUCUGACCGGAAGCCAGGGAGAGGCUGUGCUCACAGCAUCCUGGUGAGGGAGUGGGCUCCCCUGAGUGGGCCCUCGAGUGUGGGAGGAGCUGCAGAUAGUGGAACCAGCUCCUCGGGAACAGCUUCGGAAAAGGGUUCUUCCCAAGCUCUGUGGCCCUGAGCUUCAACCCGUCCCUUGCCUACGGGGGCCCCCAGCCUGGUCACACAUACUCGAGGCCAUAUGUGGGGAGCUGCCCAGGCCCCAACUCCCCUCAAAGGCGCUAAGUGGUGGGAGACCUUCCCUGAGUAACUAUUGGUGCCAAAGACCCAGUUCCCAGGGGACUUGGGGUAAAAGCAGGACAGGGUGAAGGGGGUGCAGGGCCUUAGUGCCCAGAGACAUUCUCUGGGACCAGAGGGGCCUGCCCAUUUGUCAGUCUGUGAUGAGUGCCCUUCCCUCCCUGGUGGCCUUGUCCCCGGCCUGCGUUUCUGUAUAUAGCGCUGUGUACUGUUGUGUAUGUGUGUAUUUAUUCCUGGUCAGGUGUGUGCAUCUGCAGCCUUGCUUAAGGAUAAGGUUGAGCAUCGAGUGAAGGUCAGAGUACUAGGGCCAACCAGCCCUGGGGGAUCCCUGCCAGUCCCUGAUCAGCAGGCCUCUGGCCACCAUGGCUCCAGGGAGGUUUGGCCUGAGUCAGUCUCCUCAGCCUUGGUUCUUGCCCUGGAAGGGGCCUGUCUUCAGGCUCUGAGAGGCCCAAGGUCACCAAGGCCUGGCCUUGUGGAUGGUGAUGGUGGGCUUGGCUUAGGUGGGCACUGCUGGUGGAGACCUCAACUGUCCCCAGGCCCUGCCUUCCCCGAACAGCCAGGCGCUGAGUGAGAGGGAGCUUUACCACUAAGCACAUCACGCAGAGGGGUGGGUGGAGAGCUUUCUUGACUUUAUUUUUCUGUACAUUACUGAAGUGGUGCCUGUACCUCCAGCCCCCAGGGGGCCCUCCCUGGCCCCACUUCUCUGCCCUACCCAGGCAUUGCCAGCCCAGCACUUUGUCCCAGUCACCCAUAGAUGCCCUUGCUGAAUGUACCCGAGUGUAUGUAUUCAAAGGAGCUUGUGGGCAUCCGAAUUCAUGGCUCUGUAUCCAAUAAAAGAUGGUGAAGCUGGAGUAUUAUCCGACCCAGAGAAA